AAAACAAAACGUGCGCUGAUAGCAACUUAUUUACUUCGAUCAAACAAUUUGAAAAUAACAAAUAGCACAUAAAUUGUCAAGUUCAUUAAUUUUUUCUACUCAUAAUUCUAAAAGUUCUUUAAUUAAAUUAAAUAAAAAAAUGACAUACGAAAAUUGGCUUAACUACUUACGUAGUGCUGAAAAACAUUCAAUGAUCAGUGGCCGUUGCCGCAAAAUACAUUACAAAUUCCCAGAUGGUCAGCAAAUGGCUGAGGAGUAUAGCCUGGAAACAGGCAUAGUGCAGCAUAGAGCGUGGCGCAAAUGCAAACAACUGAUGGGAGAACCCGAGUGGGACGUCGAAUUGGGUGAAACGCCACGCCAAAUUAAUCAGGCGCUUGGCGGUGGUGGUGAUGCAGACAACUCUAAUAUGAACAAUGAUUUUACGCUGUUGGAGAGUAACACCUCGCCAGCGCUUACCAAACGUGUCACCAAGAAAAACAUAGAAUGGCGUAUACGUAAUUUACCAUAUCCAAUUGAUGUGUACCAAGUUACAGCAGAUCCCGAUAAACGUGCUAUUGUUGUGCGUACCACAAAUAAAAAGUAUUACAAAGUAAUCUCAAUACCUGAAUUGGACCGUUGUAAUCUGCUGCCAGCGCAAGCAAAUAUUAGCACACACCAUCAGUACAACACACUGAUUAUAACAUACAGUAAGCCACCGUUGUUGAAUGAAAUGGAAGCACAGGUGUUGUUGUUAUUAAAGGAUGUCGAAACAGAAACCGACAUGGAAGCCUUACUACAGGGUUUGCUAGCGAAAUAAAAAUAUGUACCGUUAUGAUUUUAUUGUAAUACUUUAAUGAAUUAAACUUAUACUUAUUGUAUAUUUGUUUGAUAUACAUAAUACA